UAUCUCCCAUCACAGUGAAUUUACGAAAUUUGUUCGCGGUUUGAUUACAGCUGAAUUAAUUAGCAAAAUACUCAGUCCCUAACUGUAUAUCGUCGGUUAAUUAUCUCUAAUAUCUAUGAUAAAAGCAUGGUGAUAAUACGGAUCGCGAGAUUAGUCUCGUGAAGUUCCUCGCUGAAUUAGUUGAGAAUUUGUUUACAUCGACCAAUAUUUAACUAGCGAUCAUGUUGUACCUUGUCAUAGGUCUAAUAGCGUUGCCCUUCCUGCUUUUAAUACUUAGUUGGUUGAGGUACUACAGAGAAUGGCAGCACAUCAUGGCUAUACCCGGACCAAAAUCCCACCCUGUCAUUGGAACAAUGAUAGAUGUCCUAUUCAGUAGAGACUUAUUUCUUAGUGACAGAAAUCGAGGUAAAAUGUUUUACCCUAUUUAUAAACAUUGGACACUUAACUUGUAUUUUGUCGCCAUAAUGAGUGCGGAGGAUAUUGAGUUGGUUUUGAAUAAUACUAAACAUAACGAGAAAAAUUACAUAUACGGUUUCUUACGUUCUUGGUUGAGUACUGGAUUAUUAACAAGCUCCGGCAAAAAAUGGCAGAGAAGGAGGAAGAUUUUAACUCCAGCAUUCCAUUUCAGUAUAUUGCAGGAAUUUAUCCACAUUUUUAAUCGAGAAACUCAGAACCUGGUCAAAUUGUUUGAGAUGGAAUGUGACAGACCUUACACGGAUGUACUUAAACCAAUUACAGAAUUUGCACUGUAUUCCAUAGGAGAAACAUCGAUGGGUGUUAACUUAGGCGAAGGCAACACUUCUUACAAGAAAGCCAUAUAUGAUUUUGGUGAUAUUGUGAUCCAAAGGGCUAUACGACCUUGGUUCCACAACCAGCUCAUCUAUAAUAUGUCGAAUCUAGGAAGAAAGGAAGAAACCGUAGUAAAAGAAUUGCACGACUUUUCAGCAAAGGUUAUAAAGGACCGCAAACAACUAUUUUCGACCAGUAGCCAAAUGUCGUAUUCUCACAGGAAGCGUUUAGCUAUGUUGGACUUACUGCUGAAAGCUAAGAAUGACGGAGCUGACAUAGAUGACGAAGGUAUUAGAGAAGAAGUAGAUACAUUCAUAUUUGCGGGUCACGAUACGACUUCUAUGGCAAUAUGUUUUGCUUUGAUGGCACUGGCUAAUGAAGAAAAGAUCCAGGAAGAAAUAGUGGAAGAACUAAACGACAUCCUCGGUGACUCUGACAAAGCACCCACGUACAACGAACUCAUGGAGAUGAAAUUUUUGGAAAGGUGCAUUAAAGAAUGCUUGAGAUUGUACCCAAGCGUGCCAUUCAUCGGCAGGGUAGCCGGAGAAGACAUCAAAACGUCCAACGGCUAUACUAUACCCAAAGGUUGUGAAGUCAAUAUAUACAUUUAUGAGUUACACCGAUCUACCCAGUACUGGGAGGACCCAGAAAAGUUCGAUCCCGACAGGUUUCUGCCCGAAAAUGUCGCAGCCAGACAUCCCUUUGCUUACCUGCCAUUCAGCGCUGGAUCCAGGAAUUGCAUAGGUCAAAGAUAUGCUAUCUUGGAGAUAAAAGCUGCACUCUGUGGUAUUUUAAGAAAAUUCAAGUUAAUACCCGUGGAUACACCCCAGCAGAUAAAGUACAAGAUCGAUUUGAUACUAAGGCCUACUGGCCAAGUUAGAGUAAAGUUUAUGCCGAGAAAAUGUCGUCAAUACAAACAACGUUCUAACUCAAAUUGCGUACGACUAAUAAGGUACCUUCGCUAUAUGUACCUGUCUUCCACUGACCAAAAAGGAACUACAGUGACGAUGUUGGUGUUUAUUAUUUUGGCAACAGGACUGCCCUUUUUGCUGUUGGUGUGCAGUUGGAUAAAAAAUUAUCAGUACUGGAAACAUAUUAUGGAAAUUCCUGGGCCAAAAUCGUACCCUGUUAUUGGAACAAUGUUGGAUAUAAUCUUUGACACAGAUAACUUAUUUCAUAGUGAGAGAAUGAGAACUAAGACGUUCUACCCCAUUUAUAAGCACUGGAGUUUCAAUAUAGCGUUUGUAAAUUUAAUAUGCGCAGACGAUAUCGAAUUGGUCCUAAGUAACACGAAACACAAUCGAAAGAGUCGCAUAUACGACUUUUUACAAGACUGGCUCGGAUCUGGACUGCUAACAAGUAGUGGUACCACGUGGCAGACCAGAAGAAAAAUCCUAACGCCAGCAUUCCAUUUCAGCAUCCUGCAAGAGUUUGUUAAUAUUUUUAAUAGACAAACUAAAGAGCUGGUAAAAUCUUUCGAAAAAGACUGCGAUAAACCUUACAUCAAUGUAGUGAAACCAGUCACAAAUUACACCUUGUGUGCUAUUGGAGAGACAUCACUGAGUGUGAAUUUAAGCGAAGGUCACGACUCGUACAAGGACGCCGUUCACACCUUCGGUUCCAUCGCGACCAGAAGGGUUAUAAAACCCUGGUUCCACAACCGCUUGUUCUUUAACCUGACGCCAAUGGCACUAGGACAUAGGAGGGCAGUGGAAGUAUUGCACGAGUUUUCAACCAGGAUUGUGCAGGAACGCAAAAAGUUAUUUUUGGAGACCGCAGAUUUGUCGAAUACCGAGAGGAAACGUCUGGUUAUGUUAGACCAAUUGCUGAAGGCUAAGCACGAUGGUGCGGAUAUAGACGACGAUGGUAUUAGGGAGGAAGUCGAUACAUUCAUAUUUGAGGGUCAUGAUACAGCAGCGAUGGCAAUAAGCUUUACUUUAAUGGCGUUGGCUAAUGAGGAAAAAAUUCAGGAACAAAUAUUACAAGAAAUCGAGGAAGUCCUUGGGGAAUCCGAUAGAUUGCCUACGUACGAAGACCUUGUGGAGAUGAAAUUCAUGGAGAGGUGCAUUAAGGAAUGUCUUAGGUUGUACCCCAGCGUACCGCUAAUUGCCAGGGUGGCUGGUGAAGACAUCAAGACACGUAGCGGCUAUACCAUACCGAAGGGCUGCGACAUUAACAUAUACAUUUACGAUUUGCACCGGUCGCCACAGUAUUGGGAAAAUCCGGACAAAUUCGAUCCGGAUAGGUUUCUGCCUGAAAAUGUAUCAAAGCGACACCCAUUCGCUUACUUGCCCUUUAGCGCCGGAUUCAGAAACUGCAUAGGGCAACGAUACGCCCUAUUGGAAAUAAAGGCUUUAUUAUGUGGAAUAUUAAGGAAAUUUAAGCUGAAACCGAUAGACACCCCACAAGGGAUGAAAUACAAAUCAGACUUGGUGCUACGACCCCUUGAUGGGAUUAGAGUGGAAUUUGAACUGAGAAAAUGAACAAUGUAGUAUGUAGUAGUUACUUUUCACUUACUGAUGUAUCUUUAGUAAUAAUACUAUUUGUAGUAAACAUUUAAACGAA